UUGGAGAAUCCAUUAAAGAUUUCGUCACCAGAAACAAUACCACUUACAACACAGUAGCGUGCAUUGUAUUUAUUUAAAUUCUCUUUUGAACUAUAUGUGAUUAGAUUCCACUAAGAUCAGUUGUUGUUAUAAUGUCUGGAAAAGUAGACAUACAACCGGGUUCGUCUAUUAGUGAAAUUUUACGUGGAUUGGAGAAACAAUUAGGUUUUAAAAAUGAAAUAAAAUGGUCAACUGCAAUUCCUAUAGUUCUGUAUCACGUAUUAGCUGUGUAUUGGUGCUAUCAUUAUGCUUUCCCUGUGAAAUGGCAGACGCUGCUUUUCGCUAUAGUAAUGUACGUUUUGAGUGGAUACGGCAUCACGGGCGGAGCUCACCGGCUGUGGACGCACAAGUCAUAUAAGGCUACGUUGCCGCUCAAACUCUUCUAUCUGGUCUGCUUCGCUGCUGCUGGACAGAACUCCUUGUACCAAUGGGUGCGCGAUCACCGCGUUCACCAUAAGUACAGCGACACGGAGGCUGACCCGCACAACGCUAACCGUGGCUUGUUCUUCUCGCACAUUGGCUGGCUCAUGAUGAAGAAGAACUCGCAAGUGCAACAGCGAGGCAAGGAGAUGGACAUGAGCGAUAUAGCAGCUGAUCCAAUACUUAGAUUUUAUAACAAAUACUUUAAUUACUUUAAGCUGAUGUUCU